ACACUUAGAAAUUAGAAGGAAGAAAAGAGUGUAAAAAGGAAUGGAUAGUGAAACCUCUCUCAAGCUUCCCUCAAUUGAUUUUUCCAACUUAGAAUUAGGGAGUCCCAAAUGGGAAAUGGUAAAAGCACAAGUGAAGGAAGCACUUGAGGAAUUUGGUUGCUUUGAAGCCUCAUUUGACAAAGUGCCUCUUGAGGUUAGGAAGGGUUUGUUUGAAGCACUUGAAGAGCUUUUCAACCUUCCUUUGCAAACCAAAUUGAGAAAUGUUUCUAAAAAGCCCUUCCAUGGCUAUGUUGGACAAUACCCAUUGGCUCCACUUUUUGAAAGCAUGGGUGUGGAUGAUUCCACCCUACCUGAAAAGGUCCAAAGCUUCACCAAUAUCUUGUGGCCUCAAGGAAAUUCAACCUUUAGCAAAGUGAUAGAAUCCUAUUCACAACAAUUAUCAGAACUAGACCAAAUGGUGAGAAGGAUGGUUUUGGAGAGUUUGGGAGUUGAGAAAUACUUGGAGGAACAUUUGGAAUCAACAAACUAUCUUCUUAGAGUAAUGAAAUACAAAGGCCCUCAAAGCAAUGAGACACAACUUGGCCUUCAUUCCCACACUGAUAAGAACAUUGUAACCAUUUUAUAUCAAAAUCAUGUUGAAGGUUUGCAGGUACAAACCAAAGAUGGCAAAUGGAUUAACUUUCAACCUUCCCCAAACUCAUUUGUUGCAAUGAUUGGAGAUUCCCUCCAUGCAUGGACAAAUGGAAGAUUGCAUUCUCCAUAUCAUAGAGUGAUGAUGAGUGGAGGGGAAGCAAGGUACUCAGCUGGGCUAUUCUCAAUCCCAAAAGCAGGCUAUAUAAUCAAAGCACCAAAAGAGCUUGUAGAUGAGCAACAUCCUUUGCUCUUUAACCCAUUUGAUCAUGUUGAGUUUCUUCAGUUCUAUUAUACAGAAGCUGGCCAAAGAGCUCAAUCUGCCCUCAAGACUUUUUGUGGUGCAACUUGAAACAUGUAUCUUGGGGUUCUGUACAUGCAUGCAUAUGUAUCUAGAGUUUGGUUCAAGAGUAUUUUUCUUUUGGUAUUUGGACUAAAUAUAUAAUUUAUUUCGUCUUCGUUGUUUGUGUGUUGUCUUCAAAUUUCUGUUUUUUAGUUAAUAAUAUGAGUGU